AUGGCUUACGCCCCUCGGAGGGACUUCGACAAGGGAGCCAGAGGGGGCGAGGAAGGAGGCUACGAUGUCUUCAUGAAGGCCAAGGGCAGGCGGCCCGUAACGGACUAUGGCGCGACUGUCACCCACUGGAUGCGCCAUCGCCAGCCAAAGUACAAGGGCUCAUACCGAGGCGAAGUUGAGCGCCCAAGCCCUAGCUACUUGAUUGAUAUGCUGCCGCCAGCCGCCAGACCCACUAACGCGGCAGAUUCCAUACCUGGUCGCUGGGUUCAUCAGUCUCUCAACAAGGUUAAGCACCCCGUGAAUGUGGUCCGAUGGACACCAGAGGGUCGCCGUCUCUUGACGGCCUCAAGCAGUGGAGAAUUCACCUUGUGGAACGGCACAGCCUUCAAUUUCGAGACCAUCAUGCAGGCCCACGACUCCGCCAUCCGCGCCCUCGAGUACUCCCACAGCGACGACUGGCUGAUCUCAGCCGACCAUGAUGGUGUUAUCAAGUACUGGCAACCCAACUUCAACAACGUCGAGAGCAUUCGUGGUCACCAUGACGCUAUCAGGGACCUCGCCAUCGCCCCUACCGACACCAAGUUCAUCACUGCCUCAGACGAUUCGACUCUGAAGAUUUUUGACUUCGCUGCUGGCCGUGAGGAUACGACUUUGACUGGCCACGGAUGGGAUGCUAAGACUUGCGACUGGCAUCCCAACAAGGGCCUCGUCGUUUCCGGCUCCAAAGACCAUCUGGUCAAGCUGUGGGACCCGCGCAAUGGUCGUUGCCUCACGACUCUGCAUGGUCACAAGAACACAGUCACGAAAGUCAUGUUCGAGCGCGUUAUCGGUUUAUGCCUGGCGACUGCGGGCCGAGACCAGACUGCACGUAUUUUUGACUUGCGAAUGAUGCGAGACAUCUGCCUGAUCCGGGGACACGACAAAGAUGUGUCCACGCUCACCUGGCACCCUGUCCAUCCCAAUCUUCUCAGCACCGGCGGCGGAGACGGAUCCCUUUUCCAUUAUCUCUUGGACGAGCCAAAUACUCCAGAGGGGACAUCAACCUCUGUUGCCGUCUAUGACGCUCCUGACAAGGAGACUGCGCCCGCUCAAACAAUCUACCCAGCUCACAAGGUUCCUUUUGCGCAUGAUAUGGCUAUCUGGUCACUGGAUUGGCACCCUCUGGGUCACAUUCUAGCAUCGGGCUCUAACGACCGUCUCACGCGAUUCUGGACGCGAGCGAGACCUGGCGAUGUUGAUUACCUGAAAGACCAAUAUCACGUUGGUGAAGCGGCGGCUAUGGCACAUGGAACGUUCGUUGGAUCAAAGAACCGAAGACAGAGACAGGAGGAGGAAGCUCAAGAGGCCGAGGACGAGAUGGACGGGCUGGAAGACCAGAAGAUGCCCCUCAAAUCAGCGUCCGCUUUCCCUGGCAUUGGAAUUCCCGGUUUGCCAUUGCCUGGCAGUGGAUCUUAUGUUCCCCCUCCACCGAUUAUUCCCGGUGUUGGCGGUGGACCGCCACCAAACCUUCCAUUCCCGAUACCUCCCCCUGGCCUGAACGGCGUGCCUCCACCGCCACUCCCUGGCAUGGACCCGAACAACCCACCCGAUCUUGCGCAGAUUGCAGAGAUGAUGAAAAAGGCCGGAAUACCUCUGCCGCCGCCUCCUGGCAGCGCGAUGGCGCCUCCACCCCCUGGCUUACUGCCCCCGGGCCUGAUUCCUCCUCCACCUACCUCGCAACUCCCUCCUGGAUUCGUACCUCCACCGAUUCCCGGUAUGGAUGGCUAUAGCAUAGAGCGAGACUCAGGCGCCGGCCUUGAUUCCGCAAAUGCAUCGAUUAGAAGACGAGCACCAUUACCAAGUCAGGAGGAGAGUCUGAAGAUGGAACAGAAGAGGGGCAACUAUACUCGUGCGCACUAA